UUCCGGCUCUCGCGGGGCAUCUAAUUUGCCUUUCUUCUCUUUGUUCCUCCCACGCUGUUCAAAAUUCACGAUUCUCUCUGUUGUUGAGAGCAAUUCACCCGCCUGUCAUUGUCAAUUUCCUAGCCAUUUCAAGUGCCAGUGCGCCGCUAAGGUCACAUGCCACAGGUUCAGAUAAACUUUUACGCGCGAAUUUAUUGGGUCUGCUGUGGCUCUGUGAUCGUCAACGGAGUUUGUUCGCGGUUGAUUGAAGUCCGAGUGAGUGCGUUUGGAUAAAUUAACCGUAGUGCAACUUUCGCUUGAAAAUUAUUGUGUAUAAAUUGAAUUUCUCCAGGACGUCGGUAUAAAUUGAGGUGACAAUUAUAUGGGGAAUAAUCGUUUAUCGACGAUUCGUGACAAGGGGGAGUAAUCAAAGCUCCGGCUUAUCUGGUAGUGGGAGCAAAGCCAGCAGGGUCUCCGAGUCGGGAACUGAAACUGGAUUCGACCCUGCGACGCGACACCGAGACGCACGCAAGCUGGGCCAUCUCAUCGGACACUCGCAGAUGCCAUCGAGCCGAAGGAUUCGAAGGAAGUCGGGGACCCUGGGAUUGCAGCCAUGACGCCCUCCAGGAACAGACCUCUCACCUUGGCGAUAUUCGGAACGCUUCUUCUCUCCCUUGGCGCUCUGCUCUGUUUCUUCUGGCCCGUCGUGUUCCUUCGACUUCUGAGCAAGGAGUUGUCAUUGUCGCCGACGUCGACGAGCUUCGACGUCUGGAAUAAUUCAACGACGGUACCCUUGCACUUGGAGAUUUAUUUCUUCAAUUGGACGAAUCCCGAGGAAAUCAGGACUCCGGGGAAGAAGCCGAGCUUCGUUCAACUCGGGCCUUACACUUUCUUAGAAAGACGAGAGAAAGUCAACGUCGUUUUCCAUCCUGAGAACGAUACGGUCAGUUUCGAUCUAAAACGGACUUGGUACUUUGACGUGGAAAGGAGCAACGGAACUCUGAAAGACAAUGUUACCCAGCUAAAUGUUGUCGCUUUAUCGGCGGUGCACAGAAUUCGCAACUGGGCCUUUUAUUGGCAUACGAUGUUCGAGCUGAUGCUGAUAAAAAUCGGACAAAUCCACUUGACCAAGACCGUGGAUGAGCUUCUCUUCACCGGUUACGAAGAUACUCUGAUUAACAUGGGGAAAAUUUCCAAGAUUGUCGACCUUCCGCCGUUCGAUAAAUUCGGAUGGUUCUACAUGAGAAAUGAAUCUACUACGUUCGACGGCCACUUCAAUAUGGCGACCGGUCAAGACAGCAUCAUGAAUAUCGGUAUUCUGCGGAAUUGGAAUUACAGAAAUACAACGUCGUUCUAUGAUGCACCCUGCAAUGCGGUAGAGGGAAGUGCUGGAGAAUUUUGGCCACCUGACAGGAACUUCGAUGAAAUCACCCUCUUCUCAGCCGAUAUUUGCAGGCCGCUUACUUACGAAUAUAAUGGAAUGAUGACGUAUAACGGUAUCGAGGGUAAGCAAUACGUUAUCGGCGACAAGACCCUGAGCAAUAGUACGAAGAGGCGUUACACCAAUAGAAAGGCGAACUCUCAGUCCCAGGAUCCGGACGUCGUGAACGUAGGUCAGUGCUUUUGCAAUGGCGAAUGCACUCCCUCAGGCCUCAUCAAUGUUACGGCAUGUCGCUACGGGGCGCCAGCCUUCGUCAGUUUGCCGCAUUUCCACAAGGCCGAUCCCAUCCUUCGCGAACAAAUCGCCGGAAUGAACCCCGACGACGAAAAACACGGAUUUCACAUCACGCUAGAACCGACAACUGGAAUACCCAUCGAUGUUGCAGCUCGUCUACAAGUCAAUAUUCUCCUUCAGCCCUUAGAUUCCCUAAGCCUUUUCAGCGGGGUGCCAAGAACGUACUUCCCGAUGUUCUGGUUCAACGAACACGCCGGUAUUACGGAAGAGUUGGCUCCUCCGCUCAGGCUACUUAUCCAACUCUCGAAAUUCGGACAUUACACCAGCAUCGCCAUACUCGUCCUUGGAUCACUGAUCGUCCUUGCCGCCGGCGUUCUCCACUGCUUACACAAGCGGGGCAGAGUAGACGUGGUAAUGACAAUGUCAAAUAAACCGAUGUCGGCUGGAUUCACGGUUCCCACACGGCAGAAGACGGAGCUUAUCUAUCUAGACACGACGGUAGCCACCGACGACCACGACGCCCAAACGCGGCUGAACCGGCAGCUGUAUCCGAAACUCGUCGGAGAUAACUUGCAGGAUUUGUAACGGGGAGGUUUAAAACGGUGAUUAACAUCGCCCGGACUGUGUGCUUUACCCAAAGUGAUUAUUUAUCUCUUCUUACGUCACCGCGGUGAUAAUAUACUAGAUAAAUGGCCUACGCCCAAGACUUAAUACGGGGGGUAGGUUUCGCCUUAUUGUGAAUAUACGUAAUUAAUUCCGGAAUGAUCGUGCGGUUGUAGAUAUAGCUGAAUGAAAUUGUAUAUAAGUUAUUUUGACAGAAUUGUACCUGCGUUGUUAAAUUACAUGUAAACCAAGUUGAUCAAG